AUGCACGCCGCCCUCCUCUUUUCGUCGCUCUCCCUCCUGGCCAUUUCGGCCGUGACGGGUCUGCAGGUCACGUUUCCCACGUCGUCCGACUACUGGGUGGCGUGCGGAUGGAACGUGCUGCGCUGGACGAGCGACGCAAACGACCCGCCCAUCUUUUCCGUCUCGAUCCAGGCGCAGAACAAGACGGCCAUCAACGACGAUGAGCUCGCGGCCAACUCGUUGAACACCAAGCAGGGCGCCGCAGAGGUCUUUGUACCCUGCAUCGCCCCCACCGACAACAUCAUGGUCCAUCUCGUCAACGCUAGCCACUACGACCACAAGAACGGCCUGCUAGCCAGCUCCGAAAGCACCUCGAUCAAGGCAAACGGCACCACACCAGCGCCCAACUCGCACCAGACAAAGAUCUCCUCGAGGCCCGACCCUAACUUCGCCGCCGCUUCCACAAACACCUCCCUCUCGGCUCCCUCCACCUCGUCCUCGUCGUCGUCCUCGAGCAACGCCGCGACCGGUCAGACCGCUGCCAACGCUGGUGCCACCGCCGCCGGCCCCACUUCCGCCAAGCCAGGAUCCAACGACCCCGCCACCGGCUCGCUCCCCAACUCCACGGGCGACAAGAAGAACAACGCUGCCGCAUCCGGCCUCGGCAUGUCAAGGGCCAGCAUCGCUGCUGCCGUCGUCGCUGCCGUGCUCGGUGGCUGGACUCUGGUUUGA